AUGACCAGUCGCAAUGAGCGCUCGUCGUCGUCGUCGUCUUCCGUUCCAUAUCCAGAAGAUCAAUUGCGCACCAACACCAACACCAGCACAACCAACGGUAACAAUACCAGCGCCAUUACAACAGCCGCAAAUAAUGGAAUUGGCAGCAAUAGCAACAACAGCAGCAAACAACCCUUGUUCGAAUUGGUCAACGUCCACAACCGCAUUACGCUAGAUAAUGUGUACCAGAACGGUUUGCAUGCACUUAAACGACUUGAGAUACGCAACUUGACCGACCAGUGGAUCUUGGUCAAAAUGCGUUCCAAUUUGCGUAACCAGGUUGCGUUUCAGCUUGACAACGAGAACCUGCGCGAUUUGCCGGCAGGAGCAUUUGACACAAUUGCAACCAAUACGGUCGAUUGGUCCAGAAACGAUGCUGCAGGCGAGUUUCAUUUCAACCAGCUGUUCAACUACGUCAAUCAUAUCGAUCACCUGGAACUUGGACCACGAGAAUCGCGCCCCUUCAUUUUGGCGUUUUUGCCGGAAACUAGCAGGCAAAUGACCGACAAUAUGGUGCGAGCAGACGAGGAGGAAGGAAACGAGGCGUCAGAAGGACGUUUUAACGUGCACCAUGAUCCAGCUGCCGAAGAGGGUAACAUGUACGAAAGCUUCAAUGUUACCGGAAGCUUAUUCUUUUUCGGAUACUAUGUCAACGACGAUGAGACAGCUGCGCCAAAUCAACAGCAACAACAACUGCAAGAACUGCAGCAAUCGUCGUCAACGCCAGCUGCGUAUCAAAUGUCGGUCAAAUUUCGAGCGAGCGUCUGUCAAUCGGUAAUGUGGACGGAUGUCGCAGAGACGGGCGUCAAUUUUGACGACUGUAUGCUGGGCGAGGAGUGUUACAAGGACUUUACAAUUCAAAACAACUCGGAGAUCGAGUUGCAUUGGUUGGUGAACACAGUUGACCUUUCCAACUUGAAUCGUGAAGGAUGGUUGCAGUUCUCGGACGCCGAGACGGGCAAGGUCCUGGACUAUGAGCCGAUCCCAGGCCAUUCUCAUCGGUUGGUACGAUUGACGUUUAUGCCAAAGGAGGUCGGCGAAUUCAACUACGAUCUGCAAAUUGAAAAUGCUAAUGAAGCACGCAACGUCGUACAAACCAAAGUCCAUGCGUCUGUACGAUCGAUCUUGCGUGAAGAGUCGUUGAUCGUCAGUAGCGGCAAUGUAAUCGAUUUUGGUGACUGUGUAUCUGGUACAUGGACCAUGCGACAAAUCGUUCUCAACAAUGUCGGCGAGUCAUCAGUCGAGGUGCGCUUUAUACCUGAAGCAGCUGACGUUGUGUUUGAUAUAAAAGCCGCAUUGGAGCCUGGAGAAGCGGUACUAGAAGCAGAACACAAAGGAAAAAGAAGGGACCAGCAACUGCAUAAUCAUCAGCAUCAACAACUAUCUGAACAAGAUUUGCCUGGGCGACUAAGUACAGGUAGCAGGCAACAGGGGUCUGAGAAGGGAUCAACGAAUGCAUUGACAACGACGCCAAAUGCUGCUAGCAUCAGCGAGAUCUCCGGGCCCAACAGUGAAGUGAGCUCAAGAGCAUCGUCACCAGCAUCAUCCAGGAAUGUCGCACGUAUCUCAGAAUAUGACGUUUCGCCUUCUCCAACUUCACAAGAAUCGUACGGCAAUGGUAGUAGUAGCACAGGAGGCACACGAAUGCAAACGCCACCCACUGACAAGCCCGACAGCACGUAUGAUGUGUCAAAGGACGAGUCCACAAGUCGGCUGCUUGAACUGUCAAACGACCGGUCGUCCACACCAACAUUGAAUUCAGCGGGUAGCUACACGCGUAUCGAGGAUCUGGUCUUGCGUCCGGGAAAAGAGCGCGUUAUUCAAGUAUCGUAUCGGCCACGAAAGGAUAUCUCUGUCAACGACUUUAAUGCAGGACAACUUAUCCGGCGCAAUUUCCGUAUCGCCCUCGAGUAUGGCACCUAUCGCAGCGCCGAGCCUAAAGAACGCAAAGCGAUCCAGUGCAAGGCGCGAACAUGCACGUCGUUUGUCGAAGUCAUCCCGAAAAGCAUUAAUUUCGGCGACACUGACGUCGGCACACUCAAAUCGCUUCCGAUCAACAUCUUCAAUCGAUCCGACAUUAUCGCUCGUGUCGAGUUGCAAUUCUCCUCCAAAGUGCUGAACUGCUUGCGUGGUGAAAUCGUCAUUCAGCCGCGCAGCUACGUCGAGCUCAAACUGGAUUUAUACCCCCGCAAAGUCAAUCCAGAGUAUCGCAAGCAAAUUACACUCGUCAACUAUUUGAACCGUGACAAUGACCAGAUUGUCGAAGUCCAGAGCACCAACAUUGACAAGAACCGCGUGACAUUCCACUCGUUGUUCUAUCGUAUUCUCACCACCACAGGCGCCAAUUUUCUGGACUUUGGCUCAAUUGUGCUCAACUCACCAUCCAUCCGCACAUUCACGGUUGAAAACAUCCGUAGCGCGCCACUGACGUUGGAAAUCACCACGUCGUUACUAGAUGAUAUUGCCGUGUUUGUCAAGAAAAAGAGGUCCGAUCAGCAGCCGUCCAUCGUAACUCCUGGCAAGAAAUUUGGUCAAGUCAAGCCAAUGGACAAGUCGAUUCUCGCAAACCUGGACCGCAACAUAGCAACCGGUGUUUCCAUGCCACGUCCGUUACCAGCAACUAAGAAGAAUGGCUUACCGCAAGCAGUCCUUCGAGGACAAGCGGCUGCGACACCCACAGCGGCAGACAGUUAUUCGACUGCAUACUUGGAUCUUGCAACGACGCCGUUACGACACUCUGCGCUAUCACGCAGAAAGCACGUCGUUUUGAAUAGCACAAACAAGCCAAGUCAGUCGCAAGCAUCACAUAUCAGCCGUGUAAUAAAGCACCAUCGUGUUUCAGAUUUGGCCGAACGGAAAUUGACUAAACACCAGAGCAGAGGAUCCUCGGACCAAUCCAGCAGCACGACCAAUGGCGCUAAAUCAAAUGGGAUAAAGAAGCGUUCACAGAGGGGUGAUUCGUACGAGACAGAAGGCGUUAAAUCGAAACGGUCUCUGGGAAUCACUGCUGCUCGGUACAAAUCACGUAAGAACCUUGAUUGGGCAGAUAUCGCUGGCAAGUCGCGCGUGCCGUUUGAAGACUUGAUUUCGGUGCUGGAGCACGGGUCGAAAGCAGCAACACCAUUGUUUCCCAAACAAUCAGCCGAGGAGCGAUUCGUUCGACAGCAGCUUGCAUGGCGCCGCGAACUGGACCGUCUGAUUGAGAAAGGCGAUCUUGUGCGAUCAUCCAUAAUCAAUGUCGAUCCGCAAGGCGAAGAGGAAGUCGUCAUUGUGUUUACGCCGAAUAGUGACACAAAGCCGCAUGUCCAAAGUGCGCCAAAAAAGCAAGACGCACGGAUAUUUUUGCGUCUGGUCGACUUUGACCGCAACAUUGAGCAAGAGGAGUUUGCCAGUCUGCUGUAUGGUGACCAGUCGACCAUCCCUGUCCGUGAAGUGAUUGUCCGUGCCCAGCUAAGUCGCUCCAUUAUGGAUCUCGGUCAGAAGAAUAUUAAUUUCGGUUUGGUCGAACGAAACGAGCGGCAUGCCAAAUCGAUCGUCCUGCACAAUCGCAGCGAAACACCAUUGCUGUACGCGAUCCGCAAAUCGGGUUCGAUCGCAUCGGGCGAUAUCAUUUUGGGCGCUGGUCGGUAUGGUGUUGUACGUGCCUUUGGUAAACGUGAGAUCGACUUUGUCUUUGAGCCGACACUUGCAGGGCAUUUCAUGGAACGCCUGGUUGUUGAGAAUAUCCGUGACCGGACCAACGAUAGGGUGCUACUACUCAAGGCCAUGGUGCGCAAGCCGUCUACGUUCUUUAUCAAGUCGCUCGAACUUGCUUUUGGCCCAUGUCUCAUCGACCAAUCAUGCCAGCGCGUCGAGACAAUUGUGUUGACAAAUACCAACAAACAAACGCGGUUGUUCGAGAUCCGUGUGGAUCCCAACGAGGCAAACUUUGGACGGUACUAUGGCGAAUUUGACUUUGUUGUUGAAGAUGACGAGUCGAGCCAGUUGUCUAAAGAAGCCGAAGAGGAAAUUGAAAAUUUGGAGCAAAAGCUCAAAAUUGCUCGACGCAAGGGCCAACCAGACAAGGAGAAGAAAUACCUAAAGAAACUGGCCAAGCUGCGCAAGCUCGACGUACUUGAAGAAGAUGGAGAUGCCAGCAAAAACUCGCAAAACAACGACAGUUCAAGCGGUGCAGCGGCAGGAGGCUCAGAAGAUCAGACCAAGAAGGCCAACUCAGCUGAAGAAAACAAGGAGAGCGCCAACAUUUUUAAAAAGACGCCCGAAAGUGUAGUAUUUCCCUUAGAUCCGAACGCAACCAAGACUAUCUCGGUGCAUUUCAAGGUUGUGGCGCGGCCUGUGCAGUCAAACACGUUUGACAAUGAUACCCCAAUGGAGCGUAUGCAACAUGUCGGAGGGCAAAUCAUGGCCCACGAAUACAAGAACACGGAUACCAACAAAAUGAUAACGUAUACUGCCACGCUAUGCCAGGAUCAAUCUGCAUACAAGGAGGCCCUUGCUAUGGAAUCGUCCGACCAGGCAACGGCUGCUGCGGCAGGGGCAGCAGCAACAACAGCGGAAGCAGAUAGUGCGGUUGUCAUAGAAAGUGCAGAAGCAGAGAAGCGCACAGAGAGGAAGUCGUCGGACCUGAUGGAUGGUCAACCUGAGCCACUGAAAUUGGAGCGAUCGUUCUUUGACGGCGGACGAGUCGAGGUGGAUCAAAAGUCAACAUUCUACGUGCGCGUAUCGAACGAGUCGGAUGAUCCCCUCGAGUAUGAAUUCUUGUUGGACGCGAACGAAAAGCACUUUUUCAUUUGCCCGGAGACAAACACAUCGCUGGCACCCAAGGAGACGCGUAAGCUCAUGUUUGAAAUCCUGCCGACAAGUGUCGGUAAGCAGCAGCAUACAUUCUGCAUACGCAACUGCCGCACCAACAUUAUACAAACCUUCACGCUACAAUGUCUUGUGCAUUACAAGUCGUACCUGGCAUUCCCGUCAUUGUCCGAAGAGAACAAGGGCGAGCUGGAUCUUGGCUUUUCGUAUGUCGACCCAGGCACCAAGUACUCGCAAGUGACCCCACUGCUGGUGGAAAAUGUAUCCGGACAAGACUUGUUUAUUACCUGCCAAAGCAAUUUGUCACAUCAAGUUCUAAUUUUUGUCGAUGAGACAGGAGAGCGCGGUCUAGUGGAGAUGAUGCCUUUCAAGCAGGGUAGCAUGACGACAGUGUGGGUAGCGGUUCAACCAAACUUAUUGACGGGUUAUCUGGGCAGUUCCUCAGCGGAUGAGUGUCGUGAACUUGUAGGUGGUAUCAAGUUCUCUAUAUAUACCCAAGACGACCAGACACCGGUGGCAGCAGAAGCAAUAACACCAGUAACGACAUCCAAGGAAGAGGAAGGAAAGAAUGCUGAAAAAGAAGGAUCCACUGAAGGCGAGGACGACAGAUUGGUGUUGAUGCUGACGCAGACAGUCAAAUUCAUUUCAAUUAUCGGUCAAUCUCACCUGGAGGUAUCUCAUCAAAAGAUCAAUCUGGGCUACACUGAUAAGCUUGGUGCAGAAUUUUAUGGCUCGUUUACUAUCAAGAACAAAUCUGGCCAGCUACCAUUGGAUUACGAGGUCGAGUGUCCGAGCAGAAACAUUGUCCUGGAUAGACGAGGUGGAACACUCAACGGAUGGCGGGGUAUCGUUGCUGCUAACGAGUCAGCGCUGGAUUACCUGGAUCAAAAAGAACGACGGCAGCAACAGCAGCAACAGGAGCAGCAAAAACAGUCAAAUGAUGUCGCGAAUAUUCCGACCAUGUCGGUUGCUCAGAUCACGUUCCGCAUACACGCGUAUCGGUAUGGUCUACUCAGCGAGAAGCUUAUUGUCACAAACAAGCACAACAGCCAAGAGGUCUUUGAGAUUGAGGUGCGCUUUUUCGUCAAACAACACAACCUGGAGGCAUGGGCGGUUCAGGGAGAAGAACAGCAGUUAUUGCUUCGAGAUACGGCUGCAGGCGCAGAUAGUGGAGAAGACGAGGAUCAUCACAAGGAGGCGGAUCCGUUCCCAGUCGUACAAUGGGAGAGCGUGUAUGUUUGUCCCGCAGCAAAUCAGCACAAGACUAUGCCUCCAGCAUUGCAAGUCAUGAUGCUAUCUGACAAGGACGAAGCACGACUCUACGUGCGCGAGAUCGAGGUGGCCAAUGUUUCGGACGAGGCUAUGCAGCUUAUUGCGCUUAGUGAUAUUGAUAUUACUGCUGGAUGGGUUGCAGACGAAGACAAGGUCAGGACUGCAUAUGCGGUUGAGGAAGGAGCGUACCUGCAGCGUAGCGGGCAACUGGUAUUGGAUGCUGGGCAGCGUGUGCGUGUUCGACUACAGUGCCCUUCGCCGGAGAAAUUGACAGACCACGACCGUGCACAAGCAUUGCAAGGCAAGAGCGGCGUGCUUGCAGGCAUGUUUAUUCUGUACGACAUGACGCAACAAGUGGAACUGCUUGCGCUAGAACUCAAGGCUAUGUUCUGUGUCUCUGUCGCCGAGCUUGGAGUGGAUCGGAUUGAUUUGGGCCCGAUUGGUCACGCAGCAUCUUGGAAACCUGUCAAGUUUAGCUUCACUGUGCGCAAUAUGGCUGAUGUUCCGCUCAAUUACGAUAUUAUCCAUCCAGAUUUCAUGUCGUUUAUGCCCAAGGUGGGAUCCACUAAAGUCGUUAGCAACGUUACCACCUUUGAUGUGCCAUCACGUAAGAACCAGAUCGUGCAAGGCACGCUUGAUCCCCGACAAAUACGCGACCAAUCGUCAGGGCAACGACGCUUUGACAUCCGCUUGGCCAACAACUACAACCAAAACAACACAAUGAUCCUCAAGUUGAAAGCGUUGAUGACCAUUUUCGAGUUGGUUUUCGAGCGGCUGACGAACGGGGAGCUCGUUUUACCGACACUGUAUCACCCUAUCGCCGCAACAAAUGUAUCAUGCGACAGCUGGUUUGUCAUCCGCAACACUACUGAUGACGACAUUCGGUUCGAAAUCGGUGCCGAUAUUGCCCCUGGACUCGAUGAAUACCUCAAGCUAGAUGUACUUUCGCGCUACACCAAUACGCCGCUUCGCGGUGGUAUUUCUGUGAGCCCUCAAGGUCGCAUGGAAGUACGAGUACGCGCUACACCCAAUGAAAGUUCUCGCUUACCGCAUGAUCGGGCAGAUCUGCUAGAUGCGGAUGGCAUCAUAUUGGCGAAUCUUUGGGUUACCACGAGACCCAUGGAAACGGGCAACGUUGAAGAGAACCGCAAGUUGCGCGAAAUGAUACCCAUACGCAGCGCAUUGAUCGAAACGCCCAUCUUUUCUCUUAGCGAGCGGCGUCUGGAUUUCGAGCUCGUGACGUACUAUCAGGAUCAAGCAUCUGUCGUCUCAUUCAAAGAAGGAGAGGCAGAAACACGACCCAGGGAUGGCGACGAUUUAGAUGAAGUUAAUAGCGACGACUUGGAAGUGGUGUGUCGACCCGAAGCUCAUCCUCUGACGAUUCUCAACCACGCAACAAAGUUACCUUUGCGAUACAAGGUCACGAUCGAAGGAGCGGCCGAGUUUCCAGCACAGGACAUGGUCCAAAUCAAACCUUUAUCGGCCGAUGGAACAGGAGUGGUGGAAGCUGACAGCGCAGUGACUUUGAUGGUGAGGAUCGCCAACCCCAAAGACAGCAUACCAGGGCAAAUCCGGAUACAAGUGGAUGAUCUUGACGCUGUAGGACAAAUCCGACAGACUGCCUCCAUCUUCGUCAAAGAGACUGUGUGGGAUUUAUAA